AUGGAGUUCGAGAAGGAGGAUGCUGAGAUUUCUAACUGUACUAGUCUACCCUGUGAGCACUUUUUCCAUAGGGACUGUUUGUACCCUGGUUGGAAAAGAGCGACUCCUGUCCAGUGUGUCGGUAGGUACAAGUUACCGACGGACUCGGUGAAGUAUCUGAGAGAGAUAGGAGAGGAUGCUGAGGCUGAUAAAAUUGAGGCCGAGCGUCGGCGACUGAAUCCCCUUCAUGCGUUCUUCUCGAGAAGGCCCAUGAUGGGACGUGGGCCCGAGGCUGCUGCUGCUGCCGUCGCCGCCGGCCCUUCCCAUCCAGGCGUUCGUUGUGACAGCUGCGAGAUGUCGCCUAUUAUGGGCCGCAAUAGGUGGAAGUGUGAGCAGUGUGAGGACUAUGAUCUGUGCGAUGCUUGCUAUCAUUCCUUUAUGGAUGGUCAAAGGGAUAUACCUGAGCAUGCUAGUAGAGGAACGCAGUUGCCGGAGGGACAAGAGCAUCAUACGUUUCGGUUGAUACGGAGUCCCGCUAGGAUGAUGACUGGUCGGGGAGAGGACGUCGGUGGUGAGGGAGGUCCUCGUAUUAUCACUCUGGACACGCUGCUUGGGUUAAUACAGUCUGGGAAUGUUGUGGUAGAGCAUAGGACUGACGAUGACGAUGAGGAUGACGAUGAGGAUGAUGAUGAUGAGGAUAUGGACUUAAGUCCCCACUAG